CUCCAUUUCUUCUUGCGUUAUCUGGCAACAGCAGAGAACUAGUCUUGGACUGAAUGCAGUUGUUGGUUUGGUUGUACAAAGCAGAAGUUACUUGAAAUGUUGCAGCCCUUCAGGCGUGGAAUUUCUGGAGGGGAUUUCCGACAAAGACCCUUGACAAAGCUAACAGUUAUCAACUCCCUGCUUGGACAUCCCUUCCUUCAGAGUUUACACAUAAAAGUUGGAGACAAAGCUGAACUUACCAAAGCUUUUACACAGAAUGAUGUUGUUACUUUUUCUGAUUUAACAGGUGACACAAAUCCUUUGCAUUUAAAUGAAGAUUUUGCAAAGAAAUCUAGGUUUGGGAGAACUAUUGUACAUGGAGUUUUGAUCAAUGGACUUAUUUCUGCAGUUCUGGGUACUAAAAUGCCUGGUCAAGGUUGUGUAUUUCUUUCUCAGGAAAUCCGAUUUCCAGCUCCUUUGUAUACUGGUGAAGAAGUCAUAGCUGCAGCGGAAGUUAAACGACUGAAGGGUUCUAUUGCGCACAUUUCAGUAUCUUGUAAAGUCAAAGAAAGUGGGAAGACUGUUAUGGAAGGGAUGGUGAAAGUCAUGGUGUCAGACAGUUAAGAGCUGUUGUUCCUAUGCUACUUUACUAUAAAGGUCAGAAAUGUACACUUGGUUUUUGACUGUGUCUUUUUAUGUGACAUCACUUAAUCCAGUAAAUUUGCAACAAAAAA